ACUCACGCCCACAUCAAGUAUUAUAAAACGUGUCCUCGCAGCACACAGGUUCAUUCACAACCUCGGAGUUGGAUACCUCAAACGGAAGACAAAAAUCAGAGUUGCGCUGUCGAUAAAAAAACAUUGGAAUGAACAGAAUCCUAUCUGCGCUUCUAUUUCUGCCUCUGGGCAUAAUAUUUGUCUGCGAAGGAGGCAACCCUUGCUGUUCACAGCCAUGCCUGAACCGCGGAGUGUGUACUGCCAUGGGCUCAGAAGACUAUGAGUGCGACUGCACACGCACUGGAUUCUAUGGCCACAACUGCACACAACCUGAAUUUUUGACGUGGAUUAAAGUGUCUCUGAAGCCUACCCCAAACACAGUGCAUUACCUCCUCACCAACUACAAGGGGGUCUGGAACAUCAUCAAUAGCAUUUCAUUCCUCAGGGAUGCUAUCAUGAGAUAUGUUCUGACAUCCCGCUCUCAUCUGAUCGACAGUCCACCGACCUUCAAUGCGGACUAUAAUUAUAAAAGCUGGGAAGCCUACUCCAACCUGUCCUACUACACACGAACCCUCCCUCCUCUGCCCAAGGAUUGCCCAACCCCUAUGGGAGUCGUAGGUAAGAUAGAGCUGCCUGAUGCUAAGCUGCUGGCUGAUAAGCUCCUGAUCAGGAGGAAAUUUAUCCCCGACCCCCAGGGUUCCAGCCUGAUGUUUGCUUUUUUCGCCCAACACUUCACCCACCAGUUCUUCAAAUCUGACCAGAAGAUGGGGCCGGCAUUUACUAAAGCCAAGGGCCACGGGGUGGACCUUGGUCACAUCUACGGGGAAAACCUUGAGAGGCAACAUAAACUGCGGCUCUUCAAGGAUGGCAAGCUGAAGUUUCAGGUGCUGGAUGGAGAGGUGUACCCACCUACAGUGAAAGAGGUUGGGGCUGAUAUGCACUACCCUCCCCAUGUCCCUGAGUCUCACCGCUUCGCUGUGGGCCAUGAGGCGUUCGGCCUGGUGCCUGGUCUCAUGAUGUACGCUACUAUCUGGCUGAGGGAACACAACCGCGUCUGUGAUGUCCUGAAGGAGGUCCAUCCGGACUGGGAUGAUGAUAGGCUCUUCCAGACAUCACGCCUCAUUCUCAUUGGUGAGACCAUCAAGAUUGUGAUUGAGGACUACGUGCAGCACCUGAGCGGCUACAACUUCAAGCUGAAGUUCGACCCGGAGCUUCUCUUCAAAGAGCGUUUCCAGUAUCAGAACCGCAUCUCGUCAGAGUUCAACACCCUGUACCACUGGCACCCACUGAUGCCCGAUGCCUUCCACAUACAGGAGCAGGUCUACUCCUACCCACAGUUUGUCUUCAACACCUCCGUGGUCACCACACACGGCAUCUCCAACCUGGUGGCGUCCUUUACCAAGCAGAUCGCUGGACGGGUUGCUGGAGGUCGUAACGUCCCCCCUGCAGUGAUGAUGGUGGCUCUGAAGUCCAUAGAGAACAGCAGACAGAUGCGCUACCAGUCCCUCAACGCAUACAGGAAACGCUUUUCCAUGAAGCCAUACGCCUCCUUCGAAGACCUCACAGGAGAAAAGGAGAUGGCUGCAGAGCUGGAGGAGAUGUAUGGGCAUGUGGAUGCUGUGGAGCUCUACCCAGGUCUGCUGGUGGAGAAGCCCAGAACCAAUGCCAUCUUUGGGGAGACCAUGGUGGAGAUGGGUGCCCCCUACUCCCUGAAAGGCCUGAUGGGAAACCCCAUUUGUUCACCAGAGUACUGGAAGCCCAGCACCUUUGGCGGGAGCGUUGGCUUUGACAUCAUCAACACCGCGUCCUUGCAGAGGCUAGUGUGCAGCAACGUCAAGGGCCCGUGCCCUGUGGCGUCCUUUCAUGUACCCGACGUAGAAGACAAUAGAUCCAAUACCAUCAAUUCCAGUACAGCACAGUCGGGGAGCAACGAUGUCAAUCCCACAGUACUUCUGAAAGAAAGGACCACUGAGCUCUGAUAAGACAUCGGCUGAAAUAGUUUCUGGAAUUAAACUUUUAAAUGUAUUUUAAAUGUAACUUUUUAUUUAUUUAUUUGAAUAUUUAUUUAAUUUAUUGCAUCCUGCAUCUUUAUUUAGAAAUGUUGUUGAGAAAUGUUUUCUUCUGCCUCUGAUUGUUUUGACAUUACUUUUGUAAGUUCAAUGAAAACCAAUCCUUUUAGUAGUAUUUAUUCUAAGAGCUAAUUUAAAGAUGGAAUCCGCAGCAGGGGGGGGAACAGCGCCAUUGGCUGCCACAUUGUCAGGAUUUUUGGUCCAGAUCAGCAUGGUACAUAUUGGACUGCAGCAGCAUGGUACAUAUUGGGCUGCACCAGCAUUGUACAUAAGGGGCUGUUCUAUCACGUGUGCAGGGAUGUCCGUGGGGGAAAAAGGGUUUGUUGUUUGCAUUAAUGUCUUUGUUGUUGUAAUAUCGUGAAUGGACGUGGCUGUUUCACCAUUAAGGAUUACAGCUUUAAUAAAUGAUGUUCUGUUAUUGACCUCAGAAAAUAGCACUGGCAAUAUUGUUUAUGUAUGUAAGUUGACUUUGUUUUAAAACUGAUACUUGAAUUUAACACAUUUAGUUUACAGCCUGAUACGUUACGUUCCACCCUAACUGCAUGUUACAAUAUUACAUUCCACCUAACUGUUUGCUCCUCGGUGCAAGAGAAAAUAUAGCAGGUAAAAUACUGUACCUAAAGCUAAUAGGUACAGGUCAUUGUACUAUGAUACUGUAACCCUUAAAGUAUUUUCUUAGUGUUUUGUUAAAAUACUUGCGCUGACUCCUUAUUGUUUUAAUAAAACCCCAUCUAAUGAAA